UGUGUUGUGUGUGUUUGUGUUGUGUGUGUGUUGUGUAGCUCUGUGUGUGUUUGUGUGUGUUUAUGUCCGUCAGAGUGUCUCGCGGGCAGAGGCCCCCGCUGUCCCGGACCCCUCUGUCUGCGCAUGCUCCGUGCGGCGGCUCUCAGCACAUUGAAGUGUCGGAAGUUUAGCGGAGUUUUAGCCCGACUAGCAGCAGAACGACGCUCCGAGCGAACAAACUCGUUUUUCAGCCGCAAAAAGUGCGUUUGGGCGGAACCUCGAAGCCCACAGUGAAGCCCGGAGGUCCGUCGAUGGAUACAGGCCGUUUCCCGCUGAUUAAUCUGCGCAAACGGGAGCGUUAGCGGCGUUUGAAAGAAGUUGUGAUUGUUUUUUUGGCGCUCUGGCAGCGCAGAGGAAAGAUGGAGGAUCUGCGGCUGUAGCAGCGGCUAACGCUAGCUGGCCUGUCGCUUCACUGGCACCACCGUCCGGGGAGAUAUCCGAGCCGCUCCGCCGCCCUGAGGACGCCCCCAAAGUUUGGAUGGUUUGAUCGCACACGCUACCGGAGCCCGAUCUGCUGUUUCUGCUCAGGAGCCACUAAAGCAUGAGAGUCCUUCAGGCUCUGAGGAUGGAAGCAAAGCUACUGGAGGCAGGAUCUAGAGCGUCGGUGUGUUGCUGAUAAUGACGGUAGACUCUGCUGUGUGUCCUCAGACAUCAGAUGGUGCUCUGAAGAAGCCAUGGGUAGCUGCUUAAGCUGUCCAGAGAAAGAGUCAAUUCCAGAUAAUCAUCAGAGUAAAUUCAAGGUGAUCAAUGUGGACGACGAUGGGAACGAGCUGGGCUCAGGUGUGAUGGAGCUGACUGACGCCGAGCUCGUUCUCCACACCCAUCGCCGUGACGACGUCAGGUGGCCUUACCUGUGCCUGCGGCGCUAUGGCUACGACUCCAACCUGUUCUCCUUCGAGAGUGGCCGCCGCUGCCAGACGGGUCAAGGUAUUUUUGCCUUCAAAUGUCCUCGAGCUGAAGAGAUCUUCAACAUGCUGCAGGAGGUGAUGCACAGCCACAGCAUCAGUGUGGUUGAGGAGGCGGUGCUGGAGCCCAACCACCAGGCGGCGCUAACUCCUGCAGCUCUUGGUUACUCGGUGCCCACGGUGCCCAACGGGGUGAGCAGGAUUCCCUCUGUGGGUGAGGCUCCGUCUCACCCGUCCACCCGUCACCCGUCAGUAGCCAGCACCCGGCUGCCCUCUGUGGGGGAGGACUCCACUCACCCCCUGCUGGUGGCCGAUGAAGUGGUCCACACCUACGUCAACACCACGGGUCUCCUGGAGGAGCCCAGUCCUCUGGCGGCGCCGACCCCCCUGGAGAGCCCCACCUCCCCCCAGCCUCAGUGCCCUCCGACCCCCCCUCCUCCCCCAAGGACCCGGGUGGAGCCGGCAGCAGCGGUGGCUCCGCCCCUCUCUGCGGAGCCCCAGGUGCUGCUGGAGCCGGUGGGCGUUCGCUUCGUUCUGGGCCCCACUCCGGUCCAGAGGCAGCUGAUGGAGAAACGGCAGCAGGAGCUGCAGGAGGCCGAUGGGCCGCGAGAGACUAACGGACAUGCCGACGCCGAGCCGGGCCCCGCCCACUCCAAUGGCUCCUCCCAUCCAUCCACGGCCCCCCGCCGCCACCGCCCACCCCCCCUCACCCCCGACCUGCAGAAUGUCAACAACUCGGCCCAGCGGCGCACCGCCCUGCUGGACUACGAGAACCUGCCGGCGCUGCCGCCGGUGUGGGAGGCGAGGAAGCCGAGCUCAGAGGAUGAGGAGAACGGCGGCCUGAAGACGCCGUCGCUGAACGGCUACAACCACCACGGGCCGCUGCAGCACUCGUACUCCCACCCGUUGUCCGCCGCCCUCGAGUCCUCGCACAACUACGUCAACACGGAGAACGUGACGGCACCGCUCAGCGCCCACCGGCCCGACACGGCCCGCCGCCGCGCCGACGGACCCACCAUCUUUAACUUCGACUUCCGCCGGCCACCGCUGCCGGGCCACGCGGAGCCGCCCAAAACCCUUAACUACAUUGAGGUGGAGAUGGACGGCGGCGCCGGGAACAGAGGCGCCUCAGACGGCAGCAACCCCCACACGCCCCGCACCCCCACCUCCCCGCUGCCGCCCACCACGCCCACCCGUCGCACCGAGCUGUACGCCCUCAUCGACAUCGAGCGCACUGCCGCCAUGUCCAACCUGCAGAAGGCGCGGCCGCGGGAUGACGGCACGUCACGCAAAACGAGACACAACAGCACGGAGCUGCCCACCAAGAGCACCGUGUGACCUCGCAUGGACCAAUCGGAUGGGAGAAAGACUCUCUGCUGCUCACCUGAGCAGGUGACGGACCUGGACUGUAUCGCAGGACGGACUGCUUCCUUAUAUGGUACAAAUCAGUAUUACUGAACAAAGCAUUCCAUUUAGCCUUUUAUAUGAGUCACUAUGUGCUGCUGUAAUUCAACACGUAUGUUCCAACAUGUACAGUAGAUCCUGGCACAAUAAAUGUGUUUUUAUUUGUACUCAG